AGGGAGCUCAGUCACUACCUCCCCACCGAGCCAGCUCAGCCAGGCACGCUGCUGAGGGAGUGGGACAGAUUCUGGGAGCGAAGCGGGGAGGAGUCCUGGCCGAGCUGAGCGGGGCGGGGGGAGCUGCUUGGCAGUGCCAGAGCCCAGGCCCCAGAGCCCUGCUGGAGAGGAGACAGUCGAGGAGGCAGGCCCCCCUAGGAGUGAGGCGGUGAGAUGGCAGACUGCUACACGGAGCUGGAGAAGGCGGUCGUGGUCCUGGUGGAAAACUUCUACAAGUACGUGCCUAAACACAGCCUGGUCAAGAACAAGAUCAGCAAGAGCAGCUUCCGGAAGAUGCUUCAGAAAGAGCUCAACCAUAUGCUGACGGACACGGGGAACCGAAAGGCUGCCGACAAGCUCAUCCAGAACCUGGACGCCAACCACGAUGGGCGCAUCAGCUUCGAUGAGUACUGGACCUUGAUAGGCGGCAUCACCAGCCCCAUUGCCAACCUCAUCCGCCAGCAGGAACAGCAGGACAGCAGCUAGAAGACCCUCCCACCUUCCCUUCACGGCCGCUGCCUGCCGCCCAGCCCCUGGUGCACUUCCCAGGCUCCCCUCGGCCUCCUCCGCCCACCCAGGCUCCCAUCCUCGCUUCUCCCUCCAGAUCUUCUGCUGGCCCUUGCUGAACAGGGCAAAGGGCCCCUUUGUGAUGUCCCCGUCUGGGGGUGACUCCCUAGGGGUCUUAGUCCCUGGAGCCAGCAGGCUCUGGGGCCCCCUGAGUUUUCAAUGCUGUUUGGGGAGUCCCACGAGUUUCCUCGCCUGCUUAGCCCAUCAACCCUUCCAGCGGCUGAUGUUCUGCCUGAUUCGGGGUCCCUCCUGACCUCUGGAGGUCAGCUUGCUGCUUGAGGUCUUCCUGCUCCUGGCAGCGGCAGCAGACCUCUCCCCUUUCUCUCACCCCCUUUGCUGGGGAGAAAAGAUUCCCAGGGACUUCCCUCCAGCUGCCUCUGGGUCAGGGGACAGCUGAGCAGAGCUGGGCCCCCACCUUCCUACUCACUGAAGCGAUGGCAGUGAGGCUGGAUUUGGAGUCUGUACCCCUCGCCCAGUCCCGUUGUGAUGCUCAUUAAAGCCUUUCCGCUCCCUGGAA